AUGGCACGGCCAACAAUCAUCAUCAUCAUCCCAGGGAGCUGGCACACAGCCGAACAUGCCCAGCCUACCGUUCACGCCUUAAGACGCAAUGGCUACAUUGCAAAGGCAGAUCAGCUAGCCAGCGUCGGUCUGAAGGAGCGGAGACAGUACUUCGCCGACGAUGUGGCGCACCUGCAUGGACUUGUGGUCGACGAACUCGACGCCGGACGUGACGUCUGUUUCGUUCUGCAUAGCUAUGCCGGUCAAUCCGGAGCGGAGACCAUUAACAGAGUCAUCCACGAAGGACGAUUGGAAGCAUCUGCAGGCAAAGGACGUCUCGUCCAGGCUGUCUUCGUCGCCGCCUAUGCAUUCCCAGCUGGAGUGGCACUAGACUCCAGGAACUUCCUCGGGCCUGAGAAUCCAAACUUCGGCAUCGAUGAUGAACGGCAUCUCAAUACCAUGACAGACCCUGAACGCGUUUUCUGCCUCCUGCUGAAGCAAAACGCCUAUUAUCAGGACGCUACUCCGGUGAUCACGUCCGAAGAUUGGCGGAAGGCGCCUAUUACUGUUGUGGCCACUAAGCAGGAUAUCACGAUUCCACCGGCACGUCAAGAGAUGGUAUGGCAGGGCUUUGCACUCAAUUGGAUAGAUGCAGGCCAUGUCCCAUUCAUCUCGCAACCGGAUGCCGUGGCCGAUAUUAUCAUUGGGGCUCUUUCGUGA